CUCAUUAGGGUUUCAUUCCCAUUGAAGCUAACACACUAUUACAAGCAAAACCCACAACCACUGUAUCUUCUCCCAUGUAAUCCCAUAUCUUCUUUUCUUUUCUUUUUCUUUCUUUGAAUAUUUUGGGUUUUCUUUUAACUUCUAACUUGCAUAAUAUGAACAUGAUCCCACAUCUAUUGGACGGAUUUGGACCAAUCUAUAUAGUCUGCCAAAUUAUAUAUAGAUUUUAAUCUUCUUUUCUGGCGCCACCCUUUGACCUUCUCAAUCAACCACGCCAUUCCCCUAUUUAAUACCAAAUUGUUGUCAUUUACUCCACUGACAACGUUUCAUGGUCUCCCUUGUCUCUUCUUCUUUUCUUCUCGCCAGGUUUGUGUCUUUAGGACUCCCUGUUUUUGUUUAUGCUGUCCAUUAAGAGUUAAUCAACCAUCAUGCAGUGUGUCUCACACAAUCCAAGGCCAAUCACUCUCCUGCCAUAGCCAAUUUCCAUAACCAAUACAAUCUCACUACUUGUCUUUAUCAAUGCAUGCAUGAACAGAGCUCUUCAAUUCCUGCAACUAUAAACACCUACAUGAAUUAAAACUAUUUGGUCCCUCUUUGUCAUCAAACUCAUUGAGACAUUCAAAUCUCUUUCAGAGAAUUGGUUUUGGAAAUGCAGAAAAGAGUUUUCUCACUUGUUCUUGUUCAUUUGCUCUGUUUUUCAAUUGGGUUUGUGUUGUGUCAAAACAAUGAUUUUUCUGUUCUUCUGGAGGUGAAAAAGUCAUUUACGGAAGACAAAGGAAGAGUUUUGGGCGAUUGGUCUAAAAAGAACCCAAAUUUUUGUAAAUGGAGAGGAGUCAUUUGUGGGAGGAACUCGGUGGAUGGAAUGGUGGGAGUAGUGAGUCUCAACCUUUCUGCCUCGUCACUCGGUGGGUCAAUAGCGCCAGAACUCGGACGUUUGAAAAACCUGCUCCACCUUGAUCUUUCCUUGAACGGUCUCACUGGCCCCAUUCCAACGACUCUGUCUAACCUUUCUUUAUUGGAAUCUCUGCUUCUAUUCUCUAACCAACUCACUGGAUCCAUCCCAACUCAGCUUGGCUCCCUUACUAGACUCCAAGUUAUGAGAAUCGGUGACAAUGGACUCAGUGGACCAAUCCCUUCCUCAUUUGGCAAUCUUGUCAAUUUGGUCACUCUGGGUUUAGCCUCAUGUAGUCUAACAGGUCCAAUCCCUCCCCAACUCGGCCAACUCAACCGGGUUCAGAACUUGGUACUGCAACAGAACCAAUUAGAGGGUCCUAUUCCAGCUGAGCUUGGCAAUUGUUCAAGCCUCACCGUCUUCACUGUUGCUAUGAACAACCUUAAUGGGUCAAUCCCAGUUGAAUUGGGUAGUCUCCAGAACCUCCAAAUUCUUAACUUGGCCAACAACAGCCUCUCUGCAGAAAUACCGAGUCGACUCGGCGAGUUGACUCAGCUUCAAUACUUGAAUCUUAUGGGGAACAAACUUGAAGGUCCAACCCCAUUAUCAAUUGCAAAACUGGGUAAUCUUCAGAGUCUUGAUUUGUCAGUGAACAAGCUCACAGGCGGAAUUCCUAUGGAGUUUGGUAGCAUGAGCCAGCUCGUUUCCUUGUUUAUAACCAACAACAAUCUCUCUGGGGUUAUACCAAGAAACAUUUGCUCCAAUAAUUCCAACUUGGAGCAUUUGAUUUUAUCAGAAAUUCAACUAUAUGGAGAAAUUCCAAGAGAAUUGAGUCAGUGUAAGUCACUGAAGCAGCUUGAUUUGUCCAACAAUACUCUCAAUGGAUCAAUACCAAUUGAGCUCUAUCAGCUGCUUAAUUUGAAAGAUCUCUUUCUCCACAACAACAGCUUGGUGGGUUCAAUUUCUCCCUUCAUAGCAAACCUUAGCAACCUGGAGGCACUGGCAUUAUAUCACAACAAUUUACAGGGGAACCUGCCAAGGGAGAUUGGGAUGCUCAGCAAGCUAGAAAUUUUGUAUCUUUAUGACAAUCAGUUAUCUGGGGAGAUUCCAAAAGAGAUUGGGAAUUGUUCAAACUUGGAAAUGAUAGAUUUCUAUGGAAACCGAUUCAAUGGGAAGAUUCCGGACUCCAUUGGGAUGUUGAAGGGAUUGAAUUUCCUUCAUCUCAGACAGAAUGAGCUUGUGGGUGAUAUUCCCGCCUCACUGGGUAACUGUCAUAAACUAACUAUCCUUGACUUGGCAGAUAAUUGUCUCUCCGGUGGAAUCCCUGCAACUUUUGGAUCUCUCCAGGUUCUGGAACAGUUCAUGUUAUACAAUAACUCCCUCGAAGGUAACCUUCCCGAUUCACUUGUGAAUUUAGCGAACUUGAUGAGAAUCAAUCUUUCAAAGAACAGAUUGAAUGGUAGCAUUGCUGCAUUGUGUCACUCGCAUUCCUUUCUUUCUUUUGAUGUCACAAGCAAUGCAUUUGACCAUGAAAUUCCUCCCCAGCUGGGAAACUCUUCUACGCUGGAACGGCUGAGAUUAGGGAAGAAUCGAUUUACAGGGAAAAUCCCAUGGACACUAGGAAAACUUCAUGAACUAUCACUCUUAGAUGUGUCAGGGAAUUUGCUCACUGGACCUAUUCCAGCUGAGCUUGUAUUGUGCAAGAAAUUGACCCACAUUGAUCUGAACAACAAUUUUCUGUCGGGGCCAAUACCGUGGUGGCUCGGAAGUUUACCUCUACUGGGGGAGCUUAAGCUCUCCUCCAACCACUUCGUUGGGUCUCUUCCUCUUGAAUUGUUCAACUGUUCCAAAUUGCUGGUGCUCUCUCUCGAUGGUAAUUCGCUUAAUGGAACUCUCCCGUCGGAGAUUGGUAUGCUGCCAUCACUUAAUGUUCUUAAUCUCAACCAGAACAACCUUUCCGGCCCAAUCCCUCCAGCAAUUGGUAAACUGAGCAAGCUGUAUGAGCUCGGGCUCUCAAGAAACAACUUCAAUGGUGAGAUCCCUUUCGAGCUCGGCCAACUAAAGAAUCUUCAGACCAUUCUAGACCUCAGUUACAACAAUCUAAGUGGUAAAAUCUCACUUACUCUUGGGGCUCUGUCUAAGCUGGAAGAACUUGAUCUGUCUCACAAUCAACUUACAGGAGAUGUUCCUCCUGAACUCAGUGACUUGAGCAGCUUGGGCAAGCUUAAUCUCUCCUACAACAAUCUUGAAGGAAAACUAGGCAAGCAAUUCUCUCAUUGGCCUCCUGAGGCAUUCGAAGGGAACUCGCGUCUUUGUGGAAGCCCUCUUGAUCACUGCAAUGACAUUGGAUCCAAGAAGCAGCGAUCAAGUCUAAGCGAGUCAUUGGUGGUUGCGAUCUCAGCAGUAUCAACAUUAGUUGUCAUUGCUGUACUUAUACUCGGAGCGAUCUUGUUGAAACGCCAAAGGGAAUUCAUGAAGAGGGCGAAAGAAGUGAACUGUGCUUACUCUUCCAGUUCUUCUCAAGCGCAGCGAAGAUUGCUAUUCCCAAAUGGAGCUGGUAAGCGAGAUUACAGAUGGGAAGACAUCAUGGAAGCCACAAAUGGUCUAAACGACGAAUUCAUCAUCGGCUCAGGAGGGUCUGGAAAAAUCUACAGAGCGGAAUUCUCCACCGGAGAAACAUUUGCAGUCAAAAGGAUUUUGUGGAAAGACGAUUUCUUAUUGAAUAAGAGCUUCGCAAGAGAAGUUACGACGCUUGGGAGGAUAAGGCACAGACAUCUGGUGAAGUUGAUGGGGUAUUGCAGCAACAGAGGAGCAGGUUCAAAUCUGUUGAUAUAUCAGUACAUGGAGAAUGGCAGUGUCUGGGACUGGCUUCACCAGAAAACAGUAGAUAACAAGAAGAAGAAAUGCCUUGACUUGGAAGCAAGACUGAAGAUAGCAGUGGGACUAGCUCAUGGAGUAGAAUACCUGCAUCAUGACUGCGUGCCGAAGAUCGUUCACAGGGACAUUAAAUCAAGCAAUGUACUGGUAGACUCCAAUAUGGAAGCUCACCUGGGAGAUUUCGGGCUUGCAAAAGCCAUAGCCGAAGACCACGACGACUCGUAUACAGAGUCAAGUGCAUGGUUUGCUGGUUCUUAUGGCUACAUUGCUCCAGAGUAUGCAUAUUCACUGAAAGCAACAGAGAUGAGUGAUGUUUACAGCAUGGGAAUUGUGCUGAUGGAACUCGUCAGCGGCAAAAUGCCGACGGAUGCAAGUUUUGGUGUAGAGAUGGACAUGGUGAGAUGGGUAGACAAAGGCAUUGAAACACAAGGUUCAGCUCGAGAGGAGCUGAUAGAUCCUGCAUUGAAGCCACUCUUGCCAGAUGAAGAAUUUGCAGCAUAUCAAGUGCUUGAGAUAGCAUUGCAAUGUACAAGAACUGUCCCACAAGAGAGGCCGUCGUCCCGGCAAGCAUGUGAUCAAGUACUACACAUUUUUAACAAUAGGGUGGUGGGUUCUGGGAAGAAUAACAUGGAUACCCACGUAUAACUCACCAUACUAUUUUCUUGAUUGACGCCCAAUCAGUUUUGAUUUAUUCAUAUUUAUGCUCAAGGCCCAACAACUCCCAAUACAGAGCUUAGUGUUAUACAUCGGCCAUGAUU